UCCUUCCUUCCCUCUUUUUCAAUACGUUGAGCCCUUGUGGUCAGCAUUGUGCUUGGCCCUAGGAAUAUAAUGAUGAAUACGGCUCAUUCUUUGCUCCUAAGUUGCCCGUACCAGGUGGUACAGAUAGACAAACAAAAAGGUCUCUUCCCUGAAAGCUUUUUAAAAAUUCUGAUGCUAGUCCCAGCGGCAGAUCUUUGCUCUAGGGUGGGUCUGGAAAUUGGCGUACUUGAAAAGCUCCCUAGGUGAUUCCAGGGUGCAGCUCUGGUUAUGGGUCCCCGAUGGAGGGGCAGUCCCCUGCCAUGGAUAUGGGCCUGGAGCUGGGAGCCUGCCCAGGGUUCUUGAGUCUGGGCUGUAUUCCUUCCCACCGGGUGGCCUUGGCUGUGCCUCGUUAACUCUCUGUGACCUGGUUCCUUCAUUUGUAAAACAGGCAGAGUGAUACCUUAGGCAGCUGGAAGAAUCCCGUGAGCUGAUGGCACAUGGCGGGUACUCAGCAAGCUUUGUCUGUCGUUAUCAAGCACUGACAAAGGUGCACUGCAGCAUAUAGGAAAGGCAUCUCACCUUUUCUGUAGAAAGGAUGGGGCAGAAGGGUGAGGAGUUAGCUGGGCAAAGGGAGUGGGGAGAUGAGGGAAUGGGAGAAUAGGAAUUGUGGGUUGAGGGAGCUGGAGGAGGUGGCUGGCUCUUCAAGAACAAGAGAACAGCUCAUGCCAAGGCUGGGAGGUAGAGCUGGAUAUGACUGGUGGGCCAGCGACAAAGCACAGAGUGGGCAGGAAGAGGCUGGGAAGUCCCACCAGGGUGUGGCUGAAAGCUCUUUGAGGGCUAGGGGCUGGGCUGGGGACAGCUGUGCUGUGACAGCCUCUCCUGCUCUAGCCCUGCAGCUGGUGAGCAGUAAGAGGGACUUGGUUCUGGUGAAGGAGGCGCUGAGCUGGUACGACGCCCAGCAGCACUGCCGGCUGCACUACACAGACCUUGCUGACCUGCAGCCAAGUGACCUGUUGAAUCUCUACUCCCUCAUGACCAGCACCCAGGCUUGGAUUGGCCUCUUCUUCGACGCAAGCACGUCUGGCCUGAGAUGGUCCAGCGGCUCCACCUACACAGCCCUGGAGUGGGUUCAGACACUGCCCGAAUUCGGGGUGGGCAUCUGUGCCACGGUGUACACUCGGCUGAAAUUUCCCUCCAUAGGGGCCGACUCCUGCACAGCCCAGAAUCCCUUCUUCUGCUACUAUGGUGUGUUCACAUUCAUAUUUCAGGCUUGGUCUUCCCCCUAGGGGCCUCGCUCUGUUGCCCAGGCUGGAGAGCAGUGGCGGGAUCAUAGCUCACUGUAACCUCCA